AUGAAAAGAGGAACGAAGUGUGUCGUACAGACUAUUAAUUUGUCCAGUCCGAAAACAUGCAUAAGACCGAAGAUUCAAAGAGUCACUAGCAUGGAUAUAGAUUCUUGCGAACCUAAUCAUGCUAAACCAGCGGCAGUUAAAGUUUACUCGUUGAAAGACGCUCAGUGGAAGAAUCCGCCAAAGUCACCUUUAUUCGUACAGUUCUGCGAAUCUUUUCCGAAGAAGUCUCCACCUACGACCGGCACAAUGAUUUACAGAGUUGUGGCGUUUUUUAUAAAAAGCACUAUUGUUCUUGGUCUUAUCUGUUGGACCUGUUCGGAAGGUCUUUGGGGCAGCAAUACCGAAACGGAAGAGCUGUAUUACAGAAUGAUGAGCGUGAUUUUUCCUGAUCGACAGACAAAUUUGUCGCGUUCCAAGGAACUAAGAUACUCCAUGUUCAAAACGUACAAUAAUAUAUUGAUGAAAAGCAUGGAUAUCAUGGUCAGCGUGCCACGCGAUGUGUAUCGAAGACUGCAAGAAUUCUUAUCCCCGUGCAGUGCAACGAAGGAAAGAGAGAGGAGAGCGAAAUGCUUUGACGAGAAUUGA